CAAGACAUAUGUACCGGUUUAUGAGAGAAUAACACGUUAUUGCUACAUAUCACCACAGAGUGCAAUGUGAAUCAGUUAAGUGGAAGGAACUGUUAUGGAUUCGCUUGCUUACCUUAUUAUAGUUGGGUUUAUGACCAUUAUUAUCAUUCUUGGCCUUAACAAGAUAUUUUAUGGAAAAUUAACACAAUCUAACAAGAAAACGGUUAUAAUCAUGUCACGGUAUCCAGUUGCAAAUAAAACUAAAACACGUCUAAUCCCAACGCUCGGAUCUCAAGGUGCUGCAGAAAUACAACAUUAUAUGACGGAGCACAUGUUAACAAGAAUGACCAAAUUAUGCCAGGGAAGAACAGAUAUCAGUAUUUGUGUUCAUUAUCAUGGCGGAGAACAGUGUCAAGUCGAAUACUGGUUAAAAAGAAGGUGCACUAGCCUUCCAUUGUCAUGGAAGAAACAAUCAGGAGGGACGUUAGGAGACCGCAUCAUUAACGCAGCUGAAUAUAACUUUGGAAAUGGAGAUGAAUGUGUAGUUUUAAUCGGUAGCGAUAUUCCUGGUAUUGAUAAGAAUAUCGUAUCUGACGUUAUUAAUACCUUGUCAUCGGGCACAUCUCAUGUUGUGAUUGGCCGAACUUAUGACGGUGGAUAUUAUUUGAUCGGUUUGUCAAGACAAUGUAGGCCUUUAUUAGAUAAAAUAUUUGUGGGUGUUGACUGGGGUACAGAUAAAGUAUUUCAACAACAGAGGCAAAUACUAUCAAAUCUUGGAAUUAAUCUACAUAUUCUCCCUCAAGUUUUAAAGGAUGUGGAUGAAGCCGGGGAUUUGCUGGUGUUUGAAAAGGAGACGGCCAUCAGUAGUCGUCAGCUGGUUUAUCCAACCUGUAGUAUAAUUAUUCCUGUAUUAAAUGAAGAACGCUCUAUACAGAAAACACUUAAUGGCAUCCUGCAUAGAUGUGGAGACCCCAGUUUGAUAGAAGAAAUAAUAUUAAGUGAUGGUGGCAGUACCGACAGUACCUUGCAGAUAGCAAAGAGGAUAGCUAAUCUUACUACUAUACCAAUUCAUAUUGUGCACAGCUGUCCGGGUAGAGGUUUUCAACUCAAUUCUGGAGCCAAACUUGCUAAGGGAAGUUUUUUGUUAUUCCUCCAUGCAGAUACGACACUUCCUGAUAACUUUUUUCAGUUAGCUAAGAGCUGUCUUAUGAUUCCAGGGAAUUACCUUGCGGCAUUCUCAUUCCAAUUAGAUUUACUGACGGAAGAGUAUAAGAGCAAACAGAAAGAAUUUUCAUGGUGGUUUUUAUGGCAACUGAGAUUUAUCGCUUAUUGCACAAAUAUCAGAUCAGCAAAACUAGGAUUUCAACCGAUGGACAUCUUGGCCCUUGCUGUAGAAAAUAUGAAAUUUAAGGAAGAAGAUGCAAAAUUAAUUGUGUAAUAUGAAAAUCUUAAAUGCAGUCAAGUUUAUCAAGUAGAUUAAAGAACUAGUAUAAACCUAUCAGCACAAUGUUUUAGCUGUUCAACUUUAAAAAAAGAUUCAUUUCAGUAUUAUACUGGCUUUCCUUAUGACUGUUUUUUAUAAGUUACCAUUUGAAUUUUCUAAGAAUAGUAGCAGCUUAGUUUUUCUCUAGACGAUCAACUUCUAUUAGUGCUAGGAGGGUAAUCUGAGCUCAACAGCUACAUGUAUAUACAAAUAACUAUUUACAUAUUAAAAGUUAAAUCUAGGAAAUCACUUCUUCCAAUACAAGUCUUCCUUCGAAAAUCCAGAUUGAAUUCAAUUUCUAUCAGUUUUAAGAUAUUCGAUUCGGUAAUUAAACCCGUUUUGUUGUAUGGUGCCGAAGUAUGGGACUAUGAAUAUAGGAAGGAAAUUGAUACUAUCCAUUCACAAUUUUGCAAAUUUGUUCUUCAAAUACAUAAGGGGGGUUGGAUGGCUGAAUGGUUAGCGUGUGCGCGCUGUAUCAUAAAGUCUGUCAUUGAGUCGACUGGCGUGGUUUCGAAUCCCCAGUUGUACGUGACAAGGAGUAGGGUCGCCUGUCCAACCUCGUGGGUUUUCUCCGGGUCCUCCCACUGCUAAAGACCCCUACGCGCAAGCGAAUUAUUGAAAUAAAAUUAAACCAUAUGUUAGUCCCGAAAUGACCUAGUUUGUGUCGAGUGGACGUUAAACCCCAUUUCUCUCUCUCUCUCAAAUACAUAAACUAGUUCCUGGGAAGGGACAAAAGGUGAAUGUGGUGUUUUGUAUAUGUUAUCAUUCAUAAAAUAUUACUGAAUAAAGCAUUAUUAUUAUUAUUAAAGAUACAUUCUGGUAGAUGGGAUAAAGAGCUGGCAGUUUUUACGAAAUAGUUAAAACUAGAUAAUGUAAAGGGAAUUUGCUAAAAAUUUCAGUCAAAUUGAUAUACUCUGAACCGAGAUUUUAGCGACUGAAUGUUCGGGCUAGCCUCGGCCAUCAUUACUAAAGUCGGUACGAUAAAAAAAACAUAGUCUCGAUUAUCCAUUUCAUGAUAAAAUCAUUUAAGUAAUGUCUAAUUAAGUAGAUAACAUUUCAGGCCUAAAGAAAGACCUGCAAUAGGUAGAUUUAUAUACAAAUAGUAUGAAAAGCAGACAGAAGAGGAUCUUGUAAAUAUACUUAAAGGAGCUAAAUCGCUAAUAUUUGGGAUCUAGAAAUUGACACAAAUGGGUCGCAACGCAUAUAAUAAUGUAAUAUAAAUGUAUAUAAACUGAUUUACAUUCAA